ACAUUGAUCGAAGUGCUGAUAGAUGAAUUUGCUGAAAACAGUCAGUGUAUUGUAUCAAUGAUGGAUACUUAUUAUCGACGAAAAGCUGACGUAAAUCAGAUAAUAGCUAAUAAUUAUUUACCAAUGUACAGGGUUUUGAUCCGUGAUAACGAAGAAUUUGCUCCUCCUCGUAAACGUUUGCUGCAAAUUUUAAAAGAAAGUAAGUACGUAGGUUGCGACGUUUACCUUAUUUUUAUGGCAAAUGGAUUACAGGUCGCAAAUUUUCUUCAAUACGCAGAAGAGGAACGACUUAUUAGUACGCAAGGGAAGUUUUUGCUUAUUUACGAUUUUCGUAUCUUUCAUACGGAUAUGCGGUAUUUGUGGAACAGAAUAAUCAAUGUAAUUUUUCUACGCCAUUACGUUGAAUUCAAACGCCAUUCAAAAAGUCAACUGCUGAAACACGAAUGGUAUGAUCUCAAUACGAUCCCUUUUCCAGCGCGCACGAAAGGUUUGGUGAUUACGAAAUACAUCGAUACUUGGUACCAAAACAGAUUUCGUUAUGGAAUUAGUCACUUUUCCACGAAAAUAGACGACCUGAAGAAACAAAAAUUGCGUGUGGCAGUAUUUGAACAUCUGCCUGCAGUAACAACAGAUGCCCAAUCUUAUUUUAAAAGCCAAAAAGGAAUAAAUGCUAAUUCUAAGCCCUUGGGAAUUGAAUUUGAAAUGUUAUUGAUCAUAGCUAAUGUUUUGAAUUUCAAGCCAUAUUUUUAUGAACCUCACAAUAUUAAGAACGAAAGAUGGGGCGACAUUAAAAAUGGAACACUCACAGGAAUUUUAGGAGAAACUCAAAAAAGAAACGCUAUUUUUUAUCUUGGAGAUUUAUACUACACUAUGCGACAUCUUGAGCUUUUGGAUUUGUCAUGGCCAUAUAAUACAGAAUGUUUGACGUUCCUGACGCUCGAAUCGCUCACGGAAAAUUCAUGGAAGUUACUCAUCUUGCCCUUUAGAUUGUACACGUGGAUAGCGGUGAUUUUUACAUUGUUAGCGGCUAGCAUAACAUUUUUCAUGUUCUCACGAUUUUACAAGUACCAUAUUGUUUUCGAGAAGGCAAGAUCGAGAAAAGUUGAAGAAUACAGUGGCUUGUAUCUUUUCACUGAGCUACAAAAUUGUAUUUUAUAUACAUUGAGUAUGCUACUUCAAGUUUCAUUGCCAUUAUUGCCAAGUGCUUGGUCUCUUCGUAUAUUGAUAGGAUGGUGGUGGAUUUUUACAAUUUUAAUUACCGUAACUUAUCGAGCAAGUAUGACGGCAAGUCUUGCGAAUUCGAUUGAUAGAGUAACUAUCGAUACCAUUGCACAACUAGUCAAAAGUUCAACGGUUAUUGGUAGCUGGAGCGAUGAAAUGAAAGAUUUUUUUAUAAAUUCCUCCGAUGUAAAUUUGCAAAGACUUAGUAAUAGGUUUAUCGUUACAAUGGAUGAACAAGAUGCGAUUGCUGCUGUUGCUAAUGGAACCCUGUCUUAUUAUGAGAAUGUACAUGUUUUAAAGUACGAAAGAGUUAAACGACAAAUAUUGGAAGUGGAAUUGCAAAAAAAUGACAGUCAAGAGAAUAAGCACAAAUUUUUAGAACAUAAUCUGCACAUAAUGGAAGAAUGUGUAAUAAAUAUGCCAAUUUCUCUUGGAAUGGAUAAACAUUCACCGUUAAAAGGUCCCGUUGAUAAAUUGAUUAAGCGUAUCAUGGAAGCUGGCUUUGUGAAAAAGUGGUUGAGCGAUAUUACUCAACAAUCUAAGAUACUAGAAUUACGCCAAGAAGGUACGGUUCAAAAAUUACUAGUCGAUCUUGAUAAACUUCAAGGUGCAGUGGUUGCCUUAGGUUUUGGCUAUAUCAUUGGGAUUAUUGCUCUGGUAGGUGAAAUAUGGUACUGGAAAUAUAUUGUUUUAAAAAAUCCAAAUUAUAAUAAAUAUCGAAAGGAAUUAUUUUAUAAAAAAAGUAUAAAAUGCUAGUUAAUCGAUAACAUCAUAAUA